UCAGAGUGAUUCAGAGCCUCAGAGCGCUCAAAACGAGAUUCUUAUCUCAUGUCUUGAUUAGUUCGUAAUUUUUCAAUGUAAGUUUUCUAGUUUAUUACGAAAGUACGAGAGUCCUUUUGUAAGAACUGCCAUUUUUUAAACGUGAGCGAUGGCAAAUAUUCCUUCAGAACUUUUAUCGCAUCAGCAGAAAGUAUGCAGACUAUACAAACGUGCUAUGCGUUGUGUUGAGGAUUGGUUUCAUAAAACACACGAACGCAGAUACCAGAUCGCAUUAUUGAGAGAGCGUUUUGAUAAAAAUAAGGAUAUAAAAGAUUUGAAAUAUGCAAAGUAUUUAUUGAAGGAAGGAGAAAAGGAGUACUUCUCUAAGAUACAUUAUCAACCAAUAACAUUCGCUGAAUCGAUCACAGGAGGGGCAUAUGGUCGAGAGUGUUAUACCCCAGACUGGGCCUUGGAUUAUUGGCAUCCUCUAGAGAAAGCUAUGUAUCCUAAAUACUUUGCGCGUCGUGAACAAAUGAAGGACGAAUACCUGAAGUGGUACUUUGAAACCUAUCCUGAAGAAAAAAAGAAAAUUGAUAACCACUAAAGCGCUUGUAAAAUAUAUAUACCUGCAAU